CAAAAAUAAUUAAAAGAGGUGUAGAGUGAGGAAACACGGCUACUGCAGCAAGAGGCGCUGCCUCUUCAGUAUGACGGUGCGUCCUAACCCCCCUACGCAGAUGGACUGCUCCACUUCCCUCAUCCCUUGGUCAGAUGGUCGGGCCCGGGUGGACCCGCCGUCGUGCCCCCCCCGGAGCCGCCCCCGCCAUGAACUGCCGCGCGGAGGUGCUGGAGGUGUCGGUGGAGGGCCGGCAGGUGGAGGAGGCCAUGCUGGCUGUGCUCCACACCGUCCUGCUGCACCGCAGCACCGGCAAGUUCCACUACAAGAAGGAGGGCACCUACUCCAUCGGCACCGUGGGCACCCAGGACGUGGACUGCGACUUCAUCGACUUCGCCUACGUCCGCGUCUCCUCCGAGGAGCUGGACCGGGCCCUCCGCAAGGCCGUGGGGGAGUUCAAGGACGCGCUGCGCAGCUCGGGCAGCGACGGCAUGGGGCAGAUCUCCCUGGAGUUCUACCAGAAGAAGAAGUCGCGCUGGCCCUUCUCGGAUGAGUGCAUCCCCUGGGAGCUGUGGACCAUCAAGGUGAACGUGGUGAACCUGGCUAACGAGCAGGAGCGGCAGAUCUGCCGGGAGAAGGUGGGCGAGAAGCUCUGCGAGAAGAUCAUCAACAUCGUGGAGGUGAUGAACCGCCACGAGUACCUGCCCAAGAUGCCCACCCAGUCGGAGGUGGACAACGUCUUCGACACCAGCCUGAAGGACGUGCAGCCCUACCUGUACAAGAUCUCCUACCAGAUCACGGACUCCCUGGGCACCUCGGUCACCACCACCAUGCGCCGCCUCAUCAAGGACACGCUGGCUCUGUAGGGUGUCACCGCGGCGGGUUCACCCUUCGCAGUGGCACUUUCCGGCACAGCUCUUUUGGGACGGUGUCUCUGCUCAGAUCCCUCCUCUCCGCCUCCAAAAAGCCUCGUGCAUGGAGCUGAACUUGGUCUGGUCUGUAAUUGGGGGGUGCUGCUGGUUUGGGGUGCUCGCCCGGCCUGGGGAACCGGCUUGGUGGCUCCCAGCGUGGCUGAGGGUGACGAGUCGUUGGGGUGAGAGCUGCAGGUUGGUGACACUUGGCAGAACGACGCUGGGGAUGGACACAGGGCGGGGAGGUGGCAUCUGAGCCUUGCACGGGCCUUGUCACUUGUUGGGGAUUGGGACUUUUCUCUGCAGUCACUUGUCACCGCCUGCCCCCCCAGGUGCCACCCCUGUCCCUGGGGCUGAGCCGCUUGUCUGCGGGGCUGGGAGCCGAGCUCACCCCCUCCUCUGGGGCAAAAAUAAAGUAGUUCUGCUUUCA